AUGGUAGCAGACCUGAGUCGUGUUGCAGACCUGUUUGCUCGUUUUGGAGAGGCUGGUCUAACAGUAAAUUUGGCCAAAUGUGAGUUUGCCAAGGCCACCGUGACUUACUUGGGGCCCAUAGUUGCUGAGGACAUUGGGAGUAUGACAGAGUGGUGGGUGCUCUCCAGAUGGAGUGAGGGCAGCUCAGAUGAUGCAGACAUCGUGACUCAGAAUCAUCUGAAGAUUGUUCAAGCUGGAGAAAGUGUUAACUUCACCUGUUUUUUUCCAAAAGAGUCAAGAAGCACUGUUGCUUGGGUCAAACAAAGAGCUGGAGAGAAAACCCUUUUAAUCGCUUCAUCGUAUCAAGCAUUACCUGCAGUGUUUGAAAAUAACUUUGACAAACAUAAUCGCUUUUUUGUAGAAAAAGAUGACAGCCGUUUUAAUCUCAGCAUCACAAAUGUAAAAGAAUCAGACACUGCAACAUACUAUUGUGUUAAAUAUAUAUAUCAGUUCACAUUUGGGGAGAGCACUGAUCUCAUUGUUAAAGGCAGACACCUGAACAUGCAGUCUGACCAUGAGAGAGCUGUGCUAGAUCCAGUGCCUCCAGAGGACUCUGAAGUGGCGCUGCAGUGCACUGUCCUCACUCGGAGCUGUGCAGGAGAACACAACGUCUACUGGUUCAGACAUGAAUCUGGAGAAUCUCCUCCAGGAAUUAUAUUCACUCAGGAGCGCAGGAAUGCUCAAUGUGAGAGGAGCUCUGAUGUGAACUCUACUGCACACAAAUGUAUCUACAGCCUGCCCAAGAGGAACCUCAGUCACUCUGAUGCUGGGAUUUACUACUGUGCUGUGGCCGCAUGUGGACAGAUACAGUUUGGAGACGCAAGAAAACCUGAUUUGCCUAGGCCAGGUAUCCAUUAAGUUUGCUAAAAAGAAACAAUAAUAAUUCUCAUGGUUUCAUGAUGUUUUUGCAUCAUUAAUAUCUUUGAAAAAUGAUGUUGUCUUUUUCAUAUCUUAGAUACACCAUGGAGCACAAUUACCCUAGUUUUAGCAUCUUCAAUCUGUUUGUCUGUGAUUGUGAUCAUAAUUCUGGGUUCACAGUUCCACAAGCACCGGCAAAAAGAUGGAAUCCCCUACAUUGUGCUGGAUAAAUCAAUGG